GCGGGCACCGAAUCACCAGGCACGACAGUGGGCUCUGACUCAAUUGGCACGACAGCGGGCACCGGGUCAUCAGGUACCGGAUUGUCUGGCUCGACAGCGGGCAUCGGGUCACCAGGUAUGACAGCGGGCACUGGGUCACCAGGCAUCAGGUCAUUUGGCUUGCCAGCGGGCACCGCGUCAUCUGGCAAGGCAGUGGGCACCGAGUCACUAGGCACGACAGCGGGCUCUGAGUCAACUGGCAUGACAGCGGGCACCGGGUCAUCAGGUACCGGAUUGUCUGGCUCGACAGCGGGCAUCGGGUCACCAGGCAUCAGGUCAUUUGGCUCGCCAGCGGGCACCGCGUCAUCUGGCAAGGCAGUGGGCACCGAGUCACCAGGUACGACAGCGGGCUCUGAGUCAAUUGGCACGACAGCGGGCACUGGAUCAGGUACCGGAUCAUCUGGAUCAACAGCGGGCAUCGAGUCAACUGGC